CACCUGGCACCCAGUCUCCAGAGACUGCCCAGCAGGCUGCAGCCCACCGCCCUCCCCAGCCUAGGCCAGCUGGUGGGAUUCAAGUGCGCGCCCUCUGGCGUCCCUCAAGAGUCAUUCCUAAUACGCUCUGCUCUGCGCCAGGCAGCGCUGAAGGUUAAUACGGCGAAGGUUGAUCACGAUCAAAACAGCAAGGCACCAUGGCAGCGUUCAGCGUACAGCGAAGGUUAGGGCUUUGUAGCCCGGGCCUCACGGGGGGGGACAGUUCUGUCUCCUCUCUGAAAACCUUCGAGCGCCAGAUUACAUCGCCGCCUGUCAUGGGUCCUAUCGCUUUGCUUCAUAAAGCAGACCCCGUACUGCGCUCUGACUUUCUAGGAGCUGCCACGCUGUGUGGAAGGGCCCAGACUCUCCAACCUUUCAGAUGUUUGACCAAACCAAGGAUCCGCAUUGAGGCCUCAGCGCGACCAAGCUCUACCAUGUUCAGAAGCAACCGACAGUUGUCAACCUGUCCUGGGAACAUGGCAUCUGAUGGCGCUUCUAGAAGUCAAAUAAAGAGGCGAUGCCGGUGUCGUGCCGCAUCAAGAGGAACUCAGAGGAACGGGUCUGAGAGGAACGGCCGACCAGAGACUGCAACCAAUGGGGCAGCUGAAGCGGCCCCCGACGGUGCGAACAGAACCAAAGGGGCCGGUGUGAAUAAGCGCACGGAAGCUAAUGUGAACGCGCCCGGAAGCAAGUUCAGGUCAUCGUGGGAUGCAAAGGAUAGUACAGGAAGGACGUACAUCGAGAAUCUGGGGAAGGCGUCGGAGAAUGUGAAUAUGGUUGUGGGUGCUAAGGAGGGGAUGAUUGACUCCGUGUUCAUUGGCGACUUCCUCGGCAAGGAAUCGGACAUUGUGUUUAAGUACCGCCAAAAAGUCACCCGCCAGUUUGGCCACAUUCACGGCGACUACUACAUCGCACCGGCCUUCAUGGACAAAGUAGUGACCCAUAUCGCCAAGAACUUCCUGGCGGAUCAAAUCAAGGCACGAACACCAUUGAUACUUGGCGUGUGGGGCGGCAAAGGCCAAGGGAAAUCCUUCCAAGUGGAGCUGAUUUUCCGGGCAUUGGGACUGGAGCCAGUCAUCAUGUCGGCCGGAGAACUGGAGAGCGAGUGGGCAGGCACGCCGGCUAGGUUGAUUCGCGACCGGUAUCGGACUGCAGGCCAAGUCGUCAAAGUCCAGGGAAAGAUGAGCGCUCUCGUGAUCAACGACAUUGACGCUGGAGCGGGGCGCUUCGAGAACACGCAGAUGACUGUCAACACGCAGAUGGUCAUGGGAACCCUCAUGAAUUUGGCCGACAACCCGACACGUGUCAGCGUCGGGCAGGAGUUCCGGGAGGCUGACGUGGUGCCACGUGUGCCCAUCAUACUGACCGGCAACGACCUCUCUACUCUCUGGGCGCCGCUCAUCCGGGACGGACGCAUGGACAAGUUCUACUGGACACCAACGCGGGAUGACCUGAUCAACAUUGUGACGUGUAUGUAUAGAAAGGACGGCCUGGCCGAGUCCGACAUCGAAGCUCUGGUCGACGUUUUUCCCAAGCAAGCGUUGGACUUCUACGGGGCGAUGCGGUCUCGGACAUACGACAACCAGGUUAAGAAAUGGCUCGACAGCGUUGGCGGCCCUGAGAAGUUGCGGAACAUUUUCCCCGUCAGGCCUGGAAAGGAGCACCCGCAACUGGACCAUUACCAGCAAACCCUGGAGAACCUUAUAAAGGCGGGAAGGGAGCUUGUAGAAGAGCAGGAGAUGGUCACGAGUUUGAGACUAUCGGAUGAGUACAUGAACUCGCCGCCCGCUGGGGCGCCUGGUAUAGGCCUGACACUUUCGUAGAGUGUACAAUAGUCCUGGCGUUGAUGACUGUUGCUCUAUAGGUUCGACUUCUUGGAAGUCCGUUUUUGCGUGUUGGAUCAAUCAGGCAACGGAAAGGUACAGUAGAGGAGUUGCAUUGCGAUUGCAGUGCUCUUGGACGUGUGGCACGUCCCUUGAUCUCAAAUACGGCAGCCAACCGUUCCCCCCCCGGUCAAAUACUGUGUUCGCUUUCUCUUCUCCUUGUACGGUCCUGACGGUAUUCAGC